CAUCAUAUUAACAUCUUCGUUUGCCUCCCAUUCGGCAACAAAAAAAAAAAAAACAUAUCCACAAUUCCACAUUUCCACCCAAUUGACACUAUUCAAUUCUACAUGGGUGAGAGAAAAGAAAGAGGGGCAGAAAUAUCCUCCCAAGCAACGGUUGGUCGCGCUAGCUUCGAAAUAAUUUGCAGAAAAUUGAAUUUGGGAUUGAUUUCUUCACGAAAAUGGAGCUGCGUUGCAAUGCCUUCUUCACAACCCCUUCAAUUUUAACCAGGUAUCCCAUUUCUUUUCUCAUCUCUUCAAUUUAUCCACAUCCCCCUCACAACACAAAAAAACCAAGCACAUAUACUUGUUCUUGCCUUUCAAUUUUUCAAAUUGGAACUAUGAAAACCUCAAUUAACUUACCCAAUAGUUACAACAAGUUAAUUAUGGAAUACCCAGUUGGAAAAGAGCAAUCUUUAGAGUUAUAUAGUCAGAAAAUUAGCAAUUACUGUAAAAAAGGGAGUGUAGAUAAAGCUAUGUUGUGUAUAUCUGAAAUGCAAGCAAUGGGUAUGUCCCCUAAUCUUUUCUGCUAUUCAUGUUUAAUUGAGGCUUUAGGAAGUGUUGGUAGAACCCUUGAAGUUGAAAUGAUUUUCCAAGAAAUGAUUUUUCUUGGGUUGAGACCUAAUGUUGGGGUUUUCAAUGCUUUGCUAAGAGGGUUUUUGAGAAAAGGGUUGUAUGAUCUUGCUCAUAGAGGUUUGAUGGUGAUGGAGGAAUUGGAUGUUGGUCGAAAUCGAGAGACAUUUGAAAUUUUCUUGGAUUAUUAUGUGAGUGCAAGGAGGUUGAGUGAUACUUGGCGGAUUAUUGGGGAUAUGAAGAAGAAGGGUUUUCGGUUGAAUUCAUAUGCGUAUAGUAGGGUGAUUGAGCUGUACAGAGACAAUGGGAUGUGGAAAAAGGCGAUGGAAAUUAUAGGGGAGGUAAGUGAGAUGGGGUUGCCUUUGGAUAGGCGGAUAUAUUAUAGUAUUAUUGAUACAUUUGGGAAAUAUGGUGAGUUAAAUGAAGCCUUGGAAGUCUUGGCGAAGAUGCGUAGGGAAGGGGUAGUGCCGGACAUAAUGACAUGGAACUCUUUGAUCAAGUGGCAUUGUAAGGCUGGGGAAUAUAUGAAGGCGCUUGCUUUGUUUACUGAUAUGCAAGAUGAGGGAUUGUAUCCUGAUCCUAAGAUAUUUACUAUCUUGAUUAGUCAGCUAGGAGAUCACGGGAAGUGGGAUUUGUUGAAGGAACAUCUGCAGAAAAUGAAACGCCGAGGUCACAAAAAGAGUGGAGCUGUAUAUGCUGUUCUGGUUGACAUUUAUGGACAAUUCAGCAGAUUCCAGGGCGCGGGAGAUUGCAUAUCUGCUCUAAGAGCAGAAGGUGUUCAGAUGUCAUCAAACAUAUAUUCUGUAAUGGCUAAUGCAUUUGCUCAACAGGGAUUAUGUGAAGAGACCGUGAAGGUUCUGCAAAUCAUGGAAGCAGAAGGUAUUGAACCGAACCUUAUCAUGCUCAAUAUCUUGAUCAAUGCAUUUGGCAUUGCUGGAAGACAUCUUGAGGCACUCUCUGUAUAUGACCAUAUUAUAGAAAGUGGCAUUAGUCCAGAUGUUUUUACAUACACCACUCUUAUGAAAGCUUUUAUCAGAUCAAAGAAGUUUACUAAGGUUAAUGAAGUGGUUUAUGAACCAGGUUCCUGAAUUGUACCAGCACAUGGAGUCAACUGGCUGUACUCCUGAUAAGAAGGCCAGAGAAAUGUUGCAGAUUGCAGUGAUGCACCUCGAACCAUUUUGAUGCUCUGAUCGGUCUUAAGCUUGUUGACUCUUAAGCUUGUUUCUACGUAAAUGUAAAACAGAAUUAAGAACUUUCCGCCAUUGAGGAGAAAAUCGAAAUUAGUCCCUAGGUCAGCCAAACCACUUCUCAAUACCUUAAUGGCCCAAAAUACCCCUGUGAUAUUUAAAAGAAGCAUAUAACAGACACAGUUACUCCGUAUAAGUUAGGCAAGCCUUGCCAUUGAUUCCUUACUUCUUGCAAGGUAAAUCAUGCCGGUGCAUCAGAAGCCCCACUACUGCAUGACAUUACUUAAUCUGCUGUUUGCUCCUGCUGACUUGCAGAUCUAUGUAAGAUGCAACAAAAGGGUGUAUGGAUAUCGAUUCAGAUAAAGGUGAUCCUUCCUCAAUGUCCUUGCCAACUCGAGGGUAACAUCAAAUUGCUCGUAUCCUAGUUGCUGAUACUGUAAGUUUACCUGACUGUGGCGAUGUUUGAAGGAUUCAUUUCGCAGAAACUGUCCCAUGGAAACAAGUCAACGUUAGAUUGUACAGUACAUGAUGCCUUUCCUCAAGCUCUGUGUUGGGUCCUGUUGGCUGAAGCAUUUUUCACUACCACAGAGUUUCGAGUCUGAUCUGUUCCUAUAAUCAAAUUUCAGCAAAAUAUUGUGGUCAUAUUGAAAGAUAAGAGUAUAGGACAUAUUUUAACUCUGGUGGUCACUCUGAUCAUAUUAACCUGGUGUAUUAUUAACAUUAUCAAUAUGUAUAUUGGAUUCUGAAUCAUAUAUACCUACCUAGUAUAGUUUGGAAAGUAUUUUCUCAUCAAGGGGUUUGCCUUAAAAGUUGAAUGUGGCUUAUUAUUCA